AUGAUCACCACCGCGCCGGCCCGCGCCAAUCAAGCCUGCAGGCGCUGUUACAAUCGGAAGAAGAAGUGCUCCCGCACCCUGCCGCGCUGCCAGGCAUGCGAGCACUCAGGCGUCCAGUGCAGCUUCGAGGAGCAACAGGAAGAGACCGGCUUGUUCUACAUCUCCUAUGUGCGUGGGCUUGAGCAACGCGUAGCCCAGCUGGAGGCACAGCUCCGCGAUCCCUCCUCCACCAGCCCCAACCUCUCCGUAGCAACCCCCAUUGACGCCAGCCCGCCGCUGCUGGCCGACCAAGGCCGACGGUGGUCCGCCCUCGUCCAUUCCGACCUGGCGACGGAUACUUCAAGCGCUGCAGGCCGAGUAUCUAGAGCUAGCACCAAGGAUGACCGCGGAGAUCACCUGGCCUCCGAGCUAAAGCAGCUGUCACUCGAGGCUACCGCGGACCGGUACUUGGGCUCGUCUUCGGGCGUCUCGUUUGCGCGCUUGACUCAGGCUGUCUUGCGUCGCUUGAAACCCGACCAGCAUCCCUUCAGCUUCGAAGUCACCCAACACGACGCGCCCCCGCCCAAUGAAUCUCAGCCCGCUACUUCGACCAUUGAGAGUGAGCCUUCAGCGCUGCAGUAUCCUGUCUGUCUACCGCCUCAAGAGCAAGCGUUCCGCCUGGCAGAGUACUACUGGUCGCACACCCAUACCCUGUACCCUUUUGUUCGGAAGGUGUGGUUCAUGGAGCGUCUGAAAACAAUGUAUGCCGAGACAGACCCUCAGGGGCUGGAAACUUCGGCGCCAUGGCUGUAUACCAUGUGGAUGGUCUUUGCAAUUGGAUCCACCACCUGGUCAGCCAUUGUCCCUGAUGGCACCGAAUCCGAGUCUGCACGAUUUUUCAACAACGCCAUGACUUAUUUCUACGGUGCCUUAUCAAGCGGAAACAUGGCUGCCCUGGAUGCCCUGCUGCUUCAGGUCUCGUACUCGUUCUUCAACCGCGUUGGUUCCAACACAUGGUACUUGGUGGGCUCCGCCAUCCGACUUGCCGUUGGCAUGGGCCUUCAUACUGCACCCAACGACACCACGCGGCAAUUGCCGCUUGACGUACAGGAAUACAGAAAGCGUCUCUUCUGGAGUUUGUAUAUGAUGGACAGAGUCGUUUCCAUUUCUCUCGGCCGCCCUUUUGGCAUCCGCGACGACGACGUCGAGGUCGGCCUCUUCACCGAGGUCGAUGACGAGAAUAUCCUGCCCGAUAGCAUUUUGCCACAGCCCCCGCUUAAGGCGUCUGAAAUGGCGGUACCGCUGCACCUACUCGCCUUGAGGAGGAUUGCUGGUGAAAUUUUCGAACAGGUGUAUUCCAACAAAAACCGCUACCUACCUCCUGCUGAUCGUGACGAGAUUCUCAGAGGGCUUCACGCUAAGCUGGUUGAGUGGCGCCGCACAAUGCCCUUUCCACUGCCUCAGGCGCGAAUACUGCAAGUUCCCCACACAAGCACGGCGUGGUACGAUCUCAACUACUACACGCACCUCAUCAUGCUCUACAGGCCGUCUCCAUUGUGCCCCGUGCUCACCCUGGAGAAAGUCCAUUUGAUCGCAGAAGCAUCUGCAAUGGCAAUCCGGCAGAUUGAAAUCAUGCAUCAUGACCAACGAUACGCCUUCAACUGGCUCAACCUGUUCAAUGUCUUCACCGUUACUCUGACCCUCAUCUACUCUAUCACCGCCCAACCAGAGGCACUGUCGGCGUAUCUGCAAAGAUCCGAUGCCCUGAAAGAUCUCGAGAGAGCAAGCAGCGUUCUUGGGAAUUUUGCUACCAAAUUCCCGACUGCCUUGAAAUGUCGCGCCAUUGUUCACGAUGUUUCGCAGAGACUAAGAACCCAUAUGGGCCCUGACAACGUGGCUGACUCGAGUGGCGAUACGCUUUUGCUGAAUGCUUCUGCAAGAGGACCGCCCGAUGGUCUGCACAUGGAUGAGAUAUCAUUCCCAUCUUUCACCACGGGGAACUUGUCAUUUGAUGAGCUGCAGAACCAAGUAGCCGCCGGUACGGGAUAUUCACCGGGAGCCAGCAGCGCUGUGGGUGACUCCCAUAAUACCACGUCUGCUAUGUCGGACAGUGGCUUACCCCCGGAUUUUCGUCUCGCUGCAACGACAACGCCAUUUGGAGAUGCUGCUGCGCAAUUCAUGGCGGCCGGCAUAGGUACAGGUGAAACAGCUGAUAUGGAUCUAGAUGAAGAAUUUAUGAACCUUCUCGGAGGGAACUUCGAGACAUGA